AUGGUGCGCUACACCACGAGGCGGUUCAUUGGAUACAUCGUCCUGUACCACCCUCAGAGACGCAUGGGGUCCGUGCUGUCCCUGGUGGCUGUGGGGCUGGUGUGGGGCGUGUCGCUGCUCGUCUCGGUCCCCACCGCCCUGUACUCCGUCACCAUUUCCGCUGUAGGAGGUGACGGCGCGAUCUGCGUGCAGAUGUGGCCGAUCCGCCAGUACCGGGCCUCCCGAGCUUACUUCCUCUUCACCAUAGUCGGGGAGUUCGCACUUCCGGUCCUCGUCAUGGGGGUGUGCUGCGUGCUGGUGGUUCGGAAGGUUUGGCAAAGAAUUCUCCCCGGGCAGCGGACGGACGCCCAGCGGCGCCUGCUGGCCCGGUCUCGGCGCAAGGUGGUCCAGCUCGCCGUCAAGUUCUUCAUGUUCGUGGUGUGCUGGGGCCCGUACCACGGCGUCAUCGUGGCGCGGGACUUCUUCCCGUCCAGCUCCAUCGCCACCGGCGCGCCGGGCACCUUCAACAUCUUCUACAUCGUGGAGGCCGUUGCCAUGAGCAACAGCGUCAUCAACACGUUGGUGUACGUCGGGUUCAACACCAGCGUCAUGGCGCAACUGGGGGCGCUCAUCUGCCUGAGGUCCGAUCGGAACGCGCGCCGUGCCGUCGUCACCUUGCAGAGUUACAGAGCCACGACGAACCACGAGGAUCCACGGGCUGGCAACGGCACGCCGCCUCCUAAUAGCACACGCAGGAUCCGGACUCUGUGA